AUGAAAGAUUUAUUAAACUGUACUGAACAAGAAAUAUUAGAUGAAAUUAAAGAUCAAGGUAUUAUUGAAGUAAAACGCAUUAAAACCAAAAGAGAUGGCGCACUUAUUGACACAGCUAAUCAUAUUUUAACUUUUAAUUCACCAAAAUGUCCAAAUAAAGUUAAAAUUGCAUUUUAUAACUUAAAAGUUCGUCCUUAUAUUCCAUCACCUUUAAGAUGUUUCCGUUGUCAACUUUUUGGACACACUGCAAUCAGAUGCACAAAAGAACAAAUAUGUGUCUGUGGAAAGUCAAUACAUACUGGCAAACCAUGUGAAACACCUAUUACAUGUAUUAAUUGUGAAGGCCAGCAUGCUGUUACUUCCAAAGAAUGCCCUGUUUACAAACAAGAGACAGCAAUCCAAGAAAUUAAGGUAAAGGAAAAUCUAACAUAUUACGAAGCCAAGAAGAAAGUUAUUAUAAUCACCCCAAAAGCAAACAUUUCUUAUGCUAAGGCAAGUACUCCUCGCGGUUUUUCUUCUUCUCCUAGUAUUAACACACAAGAACUCGUAAAAGAACUGAUACCCGUCCUAGUUAAUGCUUUGAAAGACAUUUUAAUGCCAAAUCUCUCCCUUCCCUCCUACCAAAACAUCCCACUUCCAAUAUCCCCCAAACGUGGUAGACAUGGUAGUUCAGACCUCGACACGCUAACUAGUGAAAGUACCUCACAACUUAACAUAGAAGUCGUUAAGAGAAAGAAAAAAACGAACAGAGGUAGAGGUAGACCUAGAAAAUCCACCCAAGAUCCCGCCCAAGACGAUUCAUCCUCUAAAGGUGAUGAUGAAAUGCAAAAUGCAACUCAGUAG